GGGUGAAUGGCUCCGCAACCACGAUCCUAUCUCUAUCCUCUCAGAUAAGACAUCUCUUCUUGAAUCCAUGAAGCAGCAAUGCCUGGUGCAGAGGACUGCCGCAACAUCCCAUGCACAUGAGCUCUUGAACUGCCACAUGUCCAAAGGCGUUAAAGACAGCAUUGCCAAACAACAGUUCAUGGACGCCUCCAAGCUGUACGGAAUCAUCUACUCGCUACAGGGAAUCCCCCUUUUUCUCUGUGACCGGGAUGGGCCCCUUGGCAUGCUUGACAUCAAGGCCAUGAGAGAGGAGGUCACACUCCAAGUCAGCGAGCUGCUUGAAAUGGCGGAUCAGCAUCAUCGGCGGGCAACGGCACGGGUUCAAGAAACGGAUGAUGCCAAUGGGAACGCCGCAAGGCCAACCAAACGACAACGGUCGGUCUAGUCAGACUGGACAACCUUACUUAUUGGAGGCAGCUCAGACUCUGCCUUGCCCCGGUUCCUCUGGAUUCUUGUUUCCGACCAACAGGCGCAAGGGUGGGGGCGGCGCUGUCAUGAGGCCCGUCUAUAAAAGACAGGUCAUCCCCUCCAAACAUCACACUCUGACCAUCGUUCUCUUUCAUUACGCUUUCUUCGCCAGUCUUCACUCCAGCAUCAGCAUGGCCUUCGACCGACCAGCACUCAGCCGCAAACGCCACUGGCAGGCCAGUGGCACCGACCACCUACCCCGCCACCGCCAGAAACGGGUCUUCCCCCGCCGCGAGGUUAUCGACAUUAGUAGCGAUGAGGGCGAGCUCGGACGAGUUCCCCAGUGUCAGACACCGGCCCCUUCCCACAUACCGACCCCUUCCCACGUACCGACCCCUUCCCACACACCGACUUCUUCCUACGAGGUCAUCGACAUCAGCAGCGAUGAGGGCGAGCUCGGACGAGUUCCCCAGCGUCAGACACCGGCCCCUUCCCACACUCCGACCCCUCCCUACGGGACAGGGAUCCAGCGGCAUCAGCCGGACGUCAAUCCCGCUGAUGUCUUCGCUUCUGGCAGGGGCGGGGCAACGCGGUGGCGUCUUGAGCGUCGCCAACGACGGUCUCCCCCCCCUGCCAGAGAUGAUGACCGACAGUGAUCCAGCAACUCGACAUCAGUCAGAGGCCGUUGCAAAUACGCCCUCGCCUAUGUCUCCUCCCCGCUCCCCGGCACGACAGCUUCAAGGAGAAAGAUGGGUGGUAGUAGCAGGCGCAGGGAUGAGUACACCAGCAGGCUUUCCAGACU